AUGGGUCGCGCAAAGCCAAUUUCCCAAAAUCUCCUAGCCGACCUCCCGGCUGAUGCUGAUGCUGUACCAACCCAACCAAUGCCCCCACCGAAACCAAAAAGAAUCAAGAAGGCCCAGCCUAAGGCCAAGGCUACUGAGAUUGAGACUGAGGAUACUUUGCCUAUCUCAAAACUGGCUGAGAGUAAGAAGACUUCUUCUGCUCCUUCAAAAAGGUCCGCCGAGACCCAGCCCUCUAAGUCCACCCAAUCAAAGAAGCCGAGGUCUUCCUCAGCUACUACUUCGGGGUCCAAGAAACCCGAUGUCCCCUGGGCCCCAAAGUUGACUUUGGAGGAUAGGCCAAUUAUGUCAACUGAGAGUGCCAACGACUUUAAUGUCGGUGUCGCCCUCAGUACUGCUCUUCUUCUUCCAAGCGAUCUGGAGCGAAAUGCUGGGUUCAGCGACCAAGCUGAAGAUGAAUCAGAGUCUGAGGCUGAGGAUGAAAACAACAAUGAUGAGGAAGCCCUGGUGAGGAAAUGCAAGGAUGCUGCUGAAGCCAAGUCCCUUCCUUCCAUUGAGCAGGUCAUUAACUUAACUCAAGAUGAAGAGGAUGGUGAGGUUGAGGAGGUGUCCAAGGAGGCUGUUCCAGGGCAGCUGUCAUCCGACCUUCUUCUGGCUGAAAGAAGUUUCGAUAAAACACUGGCAGAGAUUGACGCCGAGCUGGCGGCAGAGAAGGUUGCCGAAGUGGCUUCGCAAGAAACUUCCGAGGUCCAGACCCAAACUGCUCCUGGGGCUGAGGAAUCACAACUUUGA